GGCGGUGCGCCGUCUCCUCCCCGCUCGCCGCCCGGCCCCACCUCAGGCUUCCACUCUACCCACCCGCGGAACCGAGAGCCCGGUCCUUUUCCUGCUGCCGAGGACUGAGCGGCCCCGCGUGACAGCCAGCUGCUCCAGGCCCGGGUGGCUCCGGGGACGGUCGAGCGCCGGCAGCAGCUGGCCCUGGCCCCGGGUCUAGGCGUGGGUUCGGCCGCCGGGGCCGGUGGGAAGGGCCUAGCGCGGCCAGGCAUAUACUGGUUGGGCUCCAGCCAUGGAGAAACUCCAUGGGCAUGUGUCUACUCACCUGGACAUCCUCUCCUUGGAGAACCGGUGCCUGGCCACACUUCCUGACCUGAAGACGUUGGAGAAACCACAUGGGCGUGUGUCUACCCACCCAGACAUCCUCUCCUUGGAGAACCGGUGCCUGGCCACGCUUCCUGACCUGAAGACGUUGGAGAAACCACAUGGGCGUGUGUCUACCCACUCAGACAUCCUCUCCUUGGAGAACCGGUGCCUGGCCACGCUUCCUGACCUGAAGACGUUGGAGAAACCACAUGGGCGUGUGUCUACCCACUCAGACAUCCUCUCCUUGGAGAACCGGUGCCUAGCCACACUCCCCACUCUGAAGAGCACUGUGUCCACCAGCCCCUUAACCCAGAGUCUCCAGAUACCUCACAUGGUGCAGUCUGGCCUGUGCAGCCUGAGUGCCAGCAACCACCUGCUCUCUGAAUCUCCAGCUUCAAGGGCUCAGUGCUUCUCUGAGGGUCUAGGCCUUCUGACCUGCCCCAGGGUCUUGAAAACCAUCUCUACCACAGAGAGAGCUCAGGAAGCAGCUUUGGGUCGAUGGUCUUCUUCUGGAGAGAAAAAAUCAGAAGACAAGGAAUGGGCAGAGGCUCAAAUGCCUUUUUAUAGUCUAAGCUUGGGAGAGGCGGAGAAAGUGGAGCUGACCCUGAAGCUCACCCCUGGGGACUCUGAAUCCCAUCCUGAGCCUGCUGACCAGGCCCUUCAGGAAAAGAAGAUGGUUCUAAUGAGCUUUCUGUGUUCUACUCUGGUGUCAGACGUAAACACAAAUGAUGCAGCUUACUCUACCCAGGCUUUCCUCCUCCAAGUCUGUAGUGAACUUUCCCCCUUGGAGCCUGAAUUUAUACUCAAGGCAUCUCUGUACGCCAGGCGGCAGCUGAAUGUCCGGGAUGUGGCCAACAAAGUCUUGGCCAUUGCUGCCUUCUUGCCAGUCUGCCGCCCCUACCUGCGACGAUAUUUCUGUGCCAUUGUCCAGCUGCCUUCUGAUUGGAUCCAGGUAGCCAGGUUCUACCAGCUCCUGACUGGAGAAGAGGAGGACAGGCUGGUGCCCCUGCCUGCCUGCCUGCGUGCUGCGAUGACGGACAAAUUUGCCCAGUUUGAUGAGUACCAGCUGGCUAAGUAUAACCCUCGGAAGCACCGGGCCAAGAGGCGCCCCCGCCGGCCACCCCGCCCUCCAAAGGAGCAUACAUUUUCUGAGACACAGAAAUACUUGCCAAAGUUCAUUCGGCCUCUUCAAGAUGAACAGAGGAUGUUUGAGGCAACCUGCAGUGCAGUGUCAGAGAAAAAGAAUGAGCCAAGUUUCACCCUGAAGAAGUUGGUACAGAGACUGCACAUCCAUGAGCCUGCACAGCUUGUCCAGGCCCUCCUGGGCUGCAGAUACCCCUCCAACCUACAGGCCUUUUCUCGAAGUCGCCUCCCGGGGCCCUGGGAUUCUAGCAGAGCCGGGAAGCGGAUGAAGCUUGCUAAGCCAGAGACCUGGGAGCGAGAGCUGAGCUUGUCGGGGAACAAAGCUUCCGUCUGGGAGGAACUCAUCGACAGUGGGAAGCUUCCCUUCAUGGCCAUGCUUCGGAAUCUGCGCAACCUGCUGAGGGUUGGAAUCAGCACCCGCCACCACAAUCUUGUGCUCCAGAGACUCCAGCAUGCUAAGUCAGUGAUCAACAGUCGGCAGUUUCCAUUCAGAUUCCUUAAUGCUCAUGAUUCCAUCAAUGACUUUGAGGCUCAACUCGAAAAGAAAGAGUUGCCACUUCCUUCCAACACAAAACUGAUAAAGCGGAUAAUAAUUAAAAACACAAGAUAUGGCAAGAGGUGUGCCUAUUCCUGGCAGUUUUACAAACCAAGUCGUCGGGAACUUCGGGCAGCAAUGAUGAUCCCCGUGAUAUAUGAGCAGCUCAAGCGGAAGAAGCUGAAAAUACACAAGGCCAGACAGUGGAAAUAUGACUGUGCAAUGCUGGCUCAGUAUCGACAGGCCCUGGAGACAGCUGUGAACCUCUCCGUCAAACACAGCCUGCCCCCGCUGCCAGGCCGCACCCUCUUGGUCUAUCUGACAGAUGCUGAUGCAGACAGGAUCCUUCCCAAGAGCAACCCACAAGGGCCCCCUCUGAACUAUGUGCUGCUGUUGAUUGCAAUGAUGAUGACACGGACAGAGCAGGUGGAUCUCUUGCUGUGUGGAAGUGGCACUGUGAAGACUGCUGUGAUUAAGGCAGAGGAAGGUAUCCUGAAGACUGCCGCCAAACUCCAAGCUCAAGUCCAGGAGUCGGAUGAAAAGUGUGAAUGGUCCCUGCCUACUUUUGGGAAGCACUUGCUGUCCCUGGCUACCCAAAGGGUCCCUGUGGACAGGGUCAUCGUCUUUGGCCAGACUACAAAUGAGAAACUGAUAAAUGCAGCCAAACAGCUUUUCUGGCAACACGUGAAUCCCAAGUGCCUCUUUGUUGGUGUUCUUCUAAGAAGGACAGGUUACCUAUACACAGAUUUGAAUCCCAAUGACGUGACACUCUCAGGCUGCACUGAUGGGAUACUGAAGUUCAUUGCAGAGCGUGGGGCCUCCCGCCUUCUAGAACAUGUAGGCCAAAUGGACAAAAUAUUCAAGAUUCCACCGCCCCCAGGGAAGACAGAGGUCCAGUCUCUCCGGCCACUGGAAGAGAAUACUCCAAGCCCCUUGGCUCCUGUUUUCCAACGUGGAUGGCGCAGCGUCCGCCUUUUCAUUUCCUCCACUUUCCGGGACAUGCAUGGGGAACGGGACCUGCUGCUGAGGUCCCUGCUGCCAGCACUGCAGGCCCGAGCGGCCCCCCACUGCAUCAGCCUUCAUGCCAUCGACCUGCGCUGGGGCGUCACUGAGGAGGAGACCCGUCGGAACAGGCAGCUGGAAGUGUGCCUAGGGGAGGUGGAGAACUCGCAGCUGUUUGUGGGCAUCCUGGGCUCCCGCUAUGGCUAUGUUCCCCCCAACUACAGCCUCCCUGACCAUCCUCACUUCCUCUGGGCCCAGCAGUACCCUUCAGGUCGCUCUGUGACGGAGAUGGAGGUGAUGCAGUUCCUGAAUCGGGGCCUCCGCCUGCAGCCCUCUGCCCAGCCUCUCAUCUACUUCCGGGAUUCUAGCUUCCUCAGCUCUGUGCCAGAUGCCUGGAAGUCUGACUUUAUUUCUGAGUCUGAAGAGGCUGCCCAUCGGCUCUCAGAACUGAAGAGCUACCUGAGCAGACAGGAAGGGAUCACCUGUCGCAGAUACCACUGUAAGUGGGGUGAUGUAGCAGCUGGCCGGCCCUAUGUUGGGGAGCUGGAGACGUUUGGGCAGCUGGUUCUGCAGGACGUGUGGAACAUGAUCCAGAAGCUUUACCUACAGCCUGCGGCCCAGCUGGAGCAGCCAGUGCCCAUCCAAGAUGAUGACUUGGUCCAGGCCGCCUUUCAGCAGCUGAAGAACCCACCGAGCCCUGCCCGACCGCGCCUUCUUCAGGACACAGUGCAGAAGCUGAGGCGCCACCGGGGGAGGCUGAGCCUGGUGACCGGGCAGUUGGGACAGGGCAAGACCACCUUCCUGGCAUCUCUUGUGUCAGCCCUGCAAACUCCUGAUGGGGCCACGGUGGCCCCCUUAGUCUUCUUCCACUUUUCAGGGGCCCGCCCUGACCAGGGUCUUGUCCUCACCUUGCUCAGACGCCUCUGUGCCUAUCUGCAUAGCCAACUGCAAGAGCCAAGUGCCCUCCCCAGCACAUACCGGGGCCUGGUGUGGGAGCUACAGCAGAGGCUGCUCCCCAAGUCUGCUCAGUCCCUGAAAACUGGCCAGCCUCUGGUGCUGAUCAUUGAUGGGGCUGACAGGUUGGUGGACAAGCGUGGACGGCUGAUCUCGGACUGGAUCCCUAAGACCCUUCCCCGGUGGGUGCACCUGGUGCUGAGUGUGUCCAGUGAUUCCGGCCUGGGGGAGACACUCGAGCAGAGCCAAGGUGCCCACGUGGUGGCCCUGGGGCCUCUGGAGCCAUCUGCCCGGGCCCGGCUGGUGCGAGAGGAGCUGGCUCUGUACGGGAAGCGGUUGGAAGAGUCACCUUUCAACAACCAGAUGCAGCUGCUGCUGGUGAAGCGGGGCUCAACCCUGCCGUUCUACCUGCGCUUGGUCACUGAUCACCUGAGGCUCUUCACGCUCUUUGAGCAGGUGUCUGAGAGACUCCGGACCCUGCCCGCUACCGUCCCUCUGCUGCUGCAGCACAUCCUGGGCACCUUGGAACAAGAGCAUGGCCCUGAUGUCUUUCCCCAAGCCUUGGCCACUCUUGAGGUCACCCGCAGCGGUCUGACCGUGGACCAGUUGCAUGGAGUGUUGAGUGCCUGGCGGAUACUUCCCAGGGGGGCCAAGACCUGGGAAGAAGCAGUGGCUGCUGGUAACAGCGGGGACCCCUACCCCAUGGGUUCGUUUGCCUACCUCGUCCAGAGUCUGCGCAGUUUGCUAGGGGAGGGACCCCUGGAGCGCCCUGGUGCCCGGCUUUGCCUCCGUGAUGGGCCCCUGAGAACAGCCGCUAAAUGUCGCUAUGGGAAGAGGCCAGAGCUGGAGAAGACGGCACACAUCCUCAUCGCAGCUCAGCUCUGGAAGACGUGUGACCCUGAUGCCUCAGGUACCUUCCGAAGUUGCCCUCCUGAAGCUCUGGGAGACCUGCCUUAUCACCUGCUCCAGAGCGGGAACCGUGGCUUUCUUGCAAAGUUCCUUACCAGUCUCCACGUGGUGGCUGCACACCUGGAACUGGGUCUGAUGUCUCAGCUCCUGGAGGCCCAUGCCCUCUAUGCUUCCUCAGUCCCUGACAAGGAACAGAAGCUUCCUGAGGCUGAUGUUGCUGUAUUUCACACCUUCCUGAGGCAGCAGGCUUCAGUCCUCAGCCAGUACCCACUGCUCCUGCACCAGCAGGCAGCCAACCAGCCUCUGUACUCGCCCCUUUGCCGCCAGGCCCCCCAGCUCUCCCAGCGAUGGCACCUCCAGCGCAUGCUACGUUGGCUUAAUAAACCCCAGACCCUGAGGGGCCAGCAAAGCUCCAGCCUGUCCCUGGCAGUUUUCUCACCCCCCACAGCUGCGGCCUUCUCCCCCAAUGGGCAAAGAGCAGCUGUGGGCACUGCCAGUGGGACGGUUUACCUGUUGGACCUGAGAACCUGGCAGGAGGAGAGGUCUGUGGUGAGUGGCUGUGAUGGGGUCUCCUCUUGUUCGUUCCUCUCCGACAACGCCCUCUUUCUUACUGGCUUUGACGGGCUCCUGGAGCUCUGGGACCUGCAGCACGGCUGUCGGGUGCUCCAGAUCAAGGCUCACCAGUACCGGAUCACCGGCUGCUGCCUGAGCCCAGACGGCCGGCUUCUGGCCACCGUGUGCCUGGGGGGAGGCUUGAAGCUGUGGGACACGGUCCGCGGGCAGCUGGCCUCCCAGCACGCCUGUCCCAAGCCCCUCAACUGCAUCGCUUUCCACCCAGAGGGGCAGGUGAUAGCCAUUGGCAGCUGGGCUGGCAGUUCCAGCUUCUUCCAGGUGGAUGGGCUCCAAGUCACCAAGGAGCUGGGGGCCCCAGGAGCCUCUGUCCGUGCCUUGGCCUUCAGUGCGUCUGGGCGGGCUGUAGCUGUGGGCCGGCUGGACGGGAUGGUGGAGCUCUGGGUCUGGCAGGAGGGGACACGGCUGGCUGCCUUCCCUGCGCACCACGGCUUUGUUACUGCCGCCCUUUUCCUGCGUGCUGGAUGCCAGUUACUGACGGCUGGAGAGGAUGGCAAGGUUCAGGUGUGGUCCGGGUCUCUGGGUCGUCCCCGUGGGUGCCUAGGUUGCCCCUCUCUCUCUUCUGCCCUCUCCGUGGCCCUCAGCCCAGAUGGCGAUCAGGUGGCUGUUGGGUACCGAGCAGAUGGCAUUCGGAUCUACACAAUCUCUUCAGGUUCCCAGGGGGCUCAGUGUCAAGCGCUAGAUGUGGCAGUGUCUGCACUGGCCUGGCUCAGCCCUAAGGUGUUGGCGAGUGGUGCAGAAGAUGGGGCCCUGCAGGGCUGGCUGCUCCAGGGAGGCUCCCUUCAGUCCCUCUGGCUCUUGUCCACACACCGGAAGCCUGUGCUGGCACUGGCCACGUCCCAGGAACUCUUGGCUGCUGCCUCAGAGGACUUCACAGUGCGUCUGUGGCCAAGGCAGUUGCUGGCACUGCCACAAAAGACAGAAGACUUUCCCUGUGGCACUGAGCUCCGGGGACACGAGGGCCCCGUAAGCUGCUGUAGCUUCAGCACCGAUGGAUGCAGCCUGGCCACCGGGGGCAGGGAUCGGAGUCUGCUCUGCUGGGAUGUGAGGACACCCAAAGCCCCUGUUCUGAUUUGCUCCUUCUCUGCCUGUCACCGAGACUGGGUUACUGGCUGUGCCUGGACCAAAGACAACCUCCUGGUCUCCUGCUCCAGUGAUGGCUCUGUAGGGCUGUGGGACCCAGAGUCGAGACAGCAGCUUGGUCAGUUCCUGGGUCACCAGAGUGCCGCGAGCGCCGUGCUGGCCGUGGAGGGGCACGUGGUAUCUGUGGGCCGAGAUGGGACCUUGAAAGUGUGGGACCAUCAGGGUGUGGAGAUGACCAGCAUCCCUGCUCACUCAGGACCCAUCAGCCACUGUGCAGCUGCCCUGGAGCCCAGUGCAGCUGGCCAGCUGGGGUCAGAGCUUCUGGUGGUAACUGUGGGAUUGGAUGGGGCCACACGGUUGUGGAAUCCACUCUUGGUGUUUCAAACACACACCCUCCUGGGACACAGUGGCCCAGUCAGUGCAGCUGCUGUUUCAGAAACCUCAGGCCUCCUGCUGACUGCCUCAGAGGAUGGUUCCAUACAGCUCUGGCAGGUACCUGAAGAAGCAGAUGACACAUAUAUACCCAGGAGUCAUGCAGCCAUCACUGCUGUGGCCUGGGCCCCAGACGGUUCUAUAGCAGUGUCUGGGAAUCAAGCUGGGGAACUCACCCUGUGGCAGGAAGCUAAGGCUGUGGCCACAGCACAGGCUCCAGGCCGCAUCAGUGCUCUGAUCUGGUACUCAGCACACACCUUGAUUGUUGUCAGUGCUGAUGAAAAAGUCAGUGAGUGGCAAGUGGAACUGCAGAAGGGUUCAGCACCCAGAAAUUUCAGUCUUCACCUGAACCGAAUUCUGCAGGAGGACUUAGGGUUCCUGACAGGUGUAAGUCUGGUCCCUGACGGUCACUCCCUCAUCUUGGCCAAAGCAGAUUUGCAAUUACUGCACAUGAAGCCAGGUGAUGAGCCCUCUGUAAUCUGGAGAAGCUAUUCAGAAGAUCCUAUAAUGUUGUCCACCCACCAGGACUAUGGUGUGUUUGUCCUGCAGUCAAUGAACCUCAGAGUUCUUUCUUUCUCAAGCCAAAAGGAAUUAGGAGAGUUUUCAGAGUGCCCAGAAUUUGAUCUGAGCUUAGAGAAUCCUAAUAAGACCCUCAUAUCGGUAACUCAGGCCAAACCUGAAUCUGAGUCCUCAUUUUUGUGUGCCAGCUCUGAUGGGACGCUGUGGAACCUAGCUAGAUGCAAUGUUGAAGGAGAAUGGACCACAGAUAAUAUCUGGCAGGAAAAAGUAGAAAUGCCUGAAACCCGAACUCCAGAGACAGAUGCGUGUGUAUGUGCUGACACGUAUACCUGUCCAGCAGUCCCACAGCUAAAGACACGGCAGCGUAGAAAGAUUCACACAGGCUCUGUCACAGCCCUCCACGUGCUGCCUGAGUUGCUGGUGACAGCUUCAAAGGACAGAGAUGUUAAACUGUGGGAGAGACCCAGUAUGCAGCUCCUGGGCCUGUUCCGAUGUGAAGGGGCAGUGAGCUGCCUGGAACCUUGGCUGGGUCCUAACUCUGCCCUGCAGCUCGCAGUGGGAGACACACAGGGCAAUGUAUACUUUCUGUCCUGGGAAUGAAGAUCACUGCUCAGGGCAAAGAGACCGCUUGUGCUAGAGAUGCAAAGCCUGAAGACACCGGUGGCUACGUUCUUGAUACAAUUAUAUAAAUAAAAGGUGGGAAAAUCUCACAUGCAGUCCUGCCUGUGUUCUUAAUGUGGAUUUGGACCAAGAGGGAAGAAUAUGAAUGUUCUUAUGUUUCUUUUCUGAUUUAACAUUAAUCCUUACCAGAACUGCAAGAAAGUGAACCAGAUCUCCAGUAUUCUUUGAAAUUAUGCUUUAGAAUUCUUGUGUCAUUUUCUGGCCCCAGGACCGUAAGGUAUGACUCCUACCAGGAGGAGGAAUGAAAGUGAUGUUGACCAGCACUUAGUUUGAACAGAAAUCUGAAGACCUCUCACUUGUUCAAGGAAGAGGAAGAGAAGGAAGAAUGAGUCACUUGGGCCCUGGUUCAGGGUAUUUGGAAAGAACUGGGAUAGAACCAGGACAACGCUAGGUUCCUGUCACAGAAGCAGCCCCAUCUACUCAGAGCCAACUGCCCAGGUGAGAGGUGAGAAGCCAGGGCUCUGAGAGCAGAACGUGUCUUCUGGCUUUCACAGCCUCUGACAGGGCAAGCGGCAGCCACUUGACUUGGAAGCAUUAGUCAGUAUAGUAAUUUGCAUUCUUGGAGGAGAUCACAAAAGGGUAUCUCUCUCAAAUUGAAGUUCAUAAAGAUAAAAUGAGUUGAAAGGUGGAACAAUGCCUACACAUGGACUUGCUGUGGACUGUGACCCUCUUAAGUAAACUGUGACCCUCUUAUUUUCCUAUAAGUCUGUUUUAUGGGAGAGGAAGUUCCCUGAGGCCCUUUCUUUCUAAGGGUUAAGGAAGGGUUAAGGGUCUUCGGUGUCCAAGAAGUCAAGGACUUGUGUAUGAUAAGCCAGAGCUAUUACAGGAUUUUAUCCUGGGUUGGUAGGGUUCUCUCAGAGACAUAUCACUGCACUCUGGUCUAGAGUUUUCUGGAUUUAGGGAGUUGAGGGGUACUCAGUUUCAUUCUUACUUUGCCCUGAUUCCAGAUUUUAUGUGGAGAAAUCACCUGAAGGACUUUAUCUUAUUUCUACCAAUGCCUCAUAUUCUCUCUCAGCCUGAGGAUAAAGACAUAAGGAAUGCCAUCAGCUGAUAAGUUUUAAUCGUAGGUCAUGCUUCUAUCUUUUCUCCCAUGCCUCAUGCAGGGCUCUAAAUAUACCUUCUAGACUACCUGCUCUACAUGAACCUUGUGACUAGAAGUCCAAGUUAAGGUAAUUUGAAACUUAUGAUUCAUACUACUACCCAGAAAUGCUACAGAGAACCAUGGCACAGCAUCAUCCUGGAAGUCACUGGUUUCAAUCUUUUGCCUUUUGUUCCCCUGAAAGCAUGGGCCAAGGAAGGAGGAAGCCCUAGAUGUCUGUCUUCCAUGCUCUAAAAAUUCUACAAAGGCACCCCAGCAGAGGAAGGAGGAGUGGGGCUGGAGAAAGUAAAGCAUACCUUGCUCAGUAGACUCAGCUCUGUUUACCAGGUCCACCUGAAGGGUGUGAUCUUUCUUAUCUUGGAGAUAUAAUUGCUAUGAGUGAAGAACAGGUUCUAGGUAACAGUAAAUAUGUCCCCAAGGGAGUUGAAGGGAAAAUCAGUUUAGGUUUUACGUUAAAUAUUUUCUGAGUUCUUAUCAUUAAACAAUUUCAGUGUCUCCCAGUGCCUGGAUGAGUUCAAUUAUAGUCACUGGAUUAUAGGAUCAUAGGACAUUGGAACAGUCUUCUUCAACCCACAGAAGCACCUUUUUCAUGUGUCAGUUUUUAACAUCUGUUUUUACACAUCUGUGCAGUUUGGGUUUUUUUGUUUGUUUGUUUUGGCCAUGCCCUGCGGCUUGCAGGAUCUCAGUUCCCUGACCAGGGAAUGAACCUGGGCCACAGCAGUGAGAGCCCAGAAUCCUAACCACUCGGCCAUUGGGGAAGUCUCACCACAAUUUGUUUUUGAAAUCUAGAACAUAUCUAUUCAAAGCUUGGUUUGUGGGCUUCCCUGGUGGCGCAGUGGUUGAGAGUCCGCCUGCUGAUGCAGGGGACGCGGGUUCGUGCCCCGCUCUGGGAAGAUCCCACAUGCCGCGGAGCGGCUGGGCCCGUGAGCCAUGGCCGCUGAGCCUGCGCGUCCGGAGCCUGUGCUCCGCAACGGGAGAGGCCACGACACAAAAACAAAGUUUGGUUUGUGGACCAGUGCUGUUCCACAAAUUCUUGAUGGUUCAUUUUCCUGGUACUUCAUUUUUAUUAUAUUUUACGAAAGUAUUGUUCCAUGACAGGUCAGAAAUUUGUUUUAACAAGACUGCUUCCCUUUCCCCAUCUGUAAAAUAGGCAUAAUAAUAUUGCCUAUUUUUUAGGGAUGUUGUGAGGAUUAAAUGAGUUAAAACAUGUGAAACACUUAGAACAGUAGUUGACACUUACAUGGUAAAUGUUCAGGAAGUGCUUGACUGUUCUUUUCCUUAUCCACUAGUGCAAGUAUCACCUUGUUAUUCUUUCUCAAAAAUGUCUUGGUUAUUGGUAUAUAUUUAAUCAGAUGAAAUCUGGACUCAAUUUUUCAUUUAAAAAAUAUAUAUAUGGGGAACUGAUAGAAUUUUUAAAAAAGAAAAAAACCCCACUUGUUGGCUGUAAAUCUACCUGGAAAUAAAACACAUUACUUCCACUCAUAUUUUAUAUAUGUGAGCAAAGCAAGUCACACGGCUCUGCCUAUUGUCAAAGCGGAGGGAAGUGUCAUCCUACCAUGUAUCUGGAAGAACUAGGAACCAGAUACACAGUUAUACCCUCAAAGAACCUGUGUUGAUGCUUUUCCAGUAGAAUGGCUCUUAGUCCUUUUUUUAAAAAGAUCAGUUAAGAUUUACACAGAAUAUUCCCACAUACCCUUCUUCACCCAGCUUCCUCUAGUGUUAACAUUUUACAUAACCAAAAAAUUAACAUUGAUACAAUAUUAUUAACUACAUAUGUGAUUCGAUUUCCUCAGUUUUUCCACUAAUAUCUUCAUUUUGUUCCAGGUUCAAUCCAGAAUACCACAUUGCAUUUAGUCAUUAUGACACCUUAAUCCUUCAACUGUGACCCUGUCUCAGACUUUCCAUAGUCUUGACAUUCUUGGAGAUUUCUGGUCAGGUGUUUUGUAGAAUAUCCCUCAGUUUGGCUUUGUCUGCUGUCUUCUCAUGAACAGACUGAAAUUAUAAAUUUAAAGGAAGAAUACAAGAGAUGAUGUGCCCUUCUUGUUACAUCAUAUCAAAAGCAAUGAUAUCAACAUGACUUAUUACUAGUGGUGUUAACCUUGAUCACUUGUAAGGUUGACGCGAUGUUUGCCAGGUUUUUCUUACUGUACCUUCUCCAUAUUGUUUGUUAGAAGCAAGUCAUUAAGUCUAGCUCACACUCAAGGGGAAGGGGAUUAAGCCUCUAAGAGGGAGAUAUAGCAAAGAAUUUGUGGUAAUCACCACAAAAUCAAUAAAUUUAGAGGUAAGUUUUUUUAGACUAUGCAAAUAUUCUAUUUUCACUGACUUUUUAAUAUUCAUGCAUCAAUCUUGCCUGAGCAAUUAUGACUGUGAUUUUCUAAUGAUGAUUUUCUAUUUCCCUCAGCCCUUCUAUAUUAAUUGAAAUUCUAAAGGGAAUGUUUAUCCCCUCUUCCCCACUUAUUUAUAUAUUGAGUCAUUCACAUAUCAGUAUGGACUCAUGAAUAUCUAUUUUACUGUUUGGGAGCCUGUUGCAUUUUAUUACUUAAACUUCAUAGUAUGUAUAUUUCAAUGCAACUUUUUUGGCCACUAUUUAUAAAGGAAAAAUAUAUAUCACAAAAAUUCAGUAUAGCAUUUUUAAUUGAGAUAUAAUUCAUUUUCACCUUUUUUUUUUUUUUUUUCUGGCUACACUGCACAGCAUGCGGGAUCUUAGUUCCCUGACCAGGGAUCAAACCCGUUCCCCCUUCCCCGGAGCCUUAAGCACUGGACUAGUGGUGUUAGGGGAGUCCUGUUUUUCACCCUAUAAUUCAGUGGUUUUUAGUAUAUUCCAACACUGCAACUAUCACUGUUAAUUCCAGAACAUUUUUAUUACCUCCAAAGAAACAUUGUACCGAAUCACCCCCCUCUCACCCCUUCCUCCAGCCACUGGCAAUUGCUAAUCUACUUUUCAUCUCUAUGGAUUUGCCUAUUCAAGACAUUUUAUAUAAAUGGAAUCAUACAAUAUGUGGCCUUUUGUGUGGCUUUCACUUAGCAUGUUUUCAAGGU